GUGAGUCAGAGCGCAUGCGCAGUGCUUACGCUCUGGAUGCUGCUCAGUAUAGAAAAGCAGCCUGCCUGUUCGCCAAGGUAACGCUUUAAAGCAGAAGAAAUGUCUCGAAAUAGUGCAUCUGUUAUGCAAGAUGGAAUGUGUAUUGCCAGCCAAAUGACAAAAUGUGCGGACGCCGAUGCUUCUCCGCGCUCCGAUGGUUUCAUCUUUGGUCCAAAAUGCCACUUGCUUAACUGACAUACGAGGAUAGAGACAUAAAUAGUCAUUGAUAAAGGAAAAUCAAGCGAAUCUACAAAUAUGAACGGUACGUUGCUUAAAAAGCCAAGGCUGGAUUGUGUGUAUGCGGUGCUGCUGUGGCUCCAUCACGCGGUGUGGAUUUGCUGUUCAGCUACCGAAGACCAUCGUUUCAGCGUUGAGGUGUGGUUACAGAGGUAUGGCUACCUCCACCAGACUCAACCUAACAUGGCCUUCCUGCGAUCAGCCCAAACCAUGCAUUCUGCUAUUGCUGCCAUGCAGCACAAGUAUGGACUAAACAUCACAGGGACUCUAGACAAGGCGACUAUAGACUGGAUGAAGAAACCCAGAUGUGGAGUACCAGACCUGCCUGACGGCAUAUCUGGAUCCCGGAGGAAGAAGCGAUAUGCACUAACUGGACAGAAGUGGCAACGCGCACACAUCACAUACAGUAUUAAAAAUGUCACUCCGAAAGUGGGAGCACGAGAAACGCAUGAGGCCAUUCGCCGGGCGUUUGAUGUAUGGCAAGGUGUCACACCGCUACGUUUUGAGGCCGUGCCCUACAGCGCUCUGGAGAGCGGCAAACGUGACGUCGACAUCACCAUCAUCUUUGCCUCUGGUUUCCACGGCGAUAGCUCUCCUUUUGAUGGAGAAGGAGGCUUCCUGGCACACGCUUAUUUCCCAGGGCCGGGCAUAGGGGGCGACACACACUUUGACUCAGAUGAACCCUGGACGCUGGGCAACCCAAACCAUGAUGGUAAUGACUUGUUCCUUGUGGCGGUCCAUGAGCUUGGUCAUGCUUUGGGACUUGAGCAUUCUAAUGACCCUACGGCUAUAAUGGCUCCAUUCUAUCAGUAUAUGGACACUGAGAGCUUCAAACUUCCUCAUGAUGAUCUACAGGGCAUCCAGAAAAUAUACGGUCCUCCAGACAAAAGUCCUCAGCCUACAAGACUGCUCACAACCGCUACGCCUCCUCGCUUGCACCUACCAACUGACCCUCGAAAGCAUGACCGACAGGGUCGCCCUCAUCGCCCUCCGCAGAAGUCAAAACCAGCCCAUCCCAACUCCAAACCCAACAUCUGUGACGGAGGUUUCAACACUUUGGCAAUCCUUCGACAGGAGCUGUUCGUCUUCAAGGAUCAGUGGUUCUGGAGGGUGCGAGAUAAUUCUGUGGUGCCUGGAUACCCGAUGCAAAUUAGCUACUUCUGGAGAGGUCUGCCUCCCAAGAUCGAUGCUGUCUACGAAAACAGCGAGGGGAAGUUUGUCUUCUUCAAAGGCAACCGGUUCUGGGUGUUUAAGGAUACAACCCUGCAGCCCACAUAUCCUCAGGACAUUUCUCUUUUUGGCAAUGGAAUGCCCACGCAGAGCAUUGAAACAGCUGUUUGGUGGGAAGAUGUGGCCAAAACCUCUGAUUGGAUUCCCGGAUACUUCUUCAAAGGGGACAGAUACUGGAGGUACAAUGAGGAUAUGAGAACCAUGGACCCCGGAUAUCCAAAACCUAUUACUGUGUGGAAAGGCAUCCCAGACUCUCCACAGGGAGCUUUUGUGGACAAAGAAAAUGGAUUCACAUACUUCUACAAGGGGAAGGAGUAUUGGAAGUUCAACAAUCAGCGGCUGAGAGUGGAGCCAGGCUACCCAAGGUCUAUCCUGCGUGAUUUUAUGGGCUGCGACGGCUUACCCACCGACCCUGACUGGGAUUGGAUCCCCCCACAGGAAGAGGAACCUCCACAAUAUGACAAUGAUGACGUUGAUAUCGUACUCAAGCUAGAGAGCAGCGGUGGAGCAGAGAAAGCGGUGGCUAUCGCCAUCCCCUGUGUCCUGGCUCUGUGCAUGAUGGUGCUGCUUUACACCGUGUUCCGCUUCAAGAGGAAGGAUACACAGCGGCACAUACUGUACUGCAAGCGAUCCAUGCAGGAGUGGGUCUGAGAUUUAAAGCUCCCACUCCUUCUGCUAAAACUAUUUCCAUCUUUAAAAUCCCGUUGAAGGUCAAAAAAUUGGCUUAUCUUGAGACACUGACUUUGUGUCAGUAUUUGUGGGCAGAAACGAAGAACGACAUAAAUGAACAGCAUGCCAACUUCCUGUUCCCACUGUCAGCUUUUGAAGAUGUAUGGUUUUGGAACUCUGUGUGGCUUUGGGCGGCCAUUUUGGUUCCCAGAGUCAUAUGCAGGAGUAAACUGUUACUCUGCAAACCAUAAUUAUCAACUUUUCAAUUGAUUUGAGAAUUAUUUAUCAUUGGACUGCUGAUCUUAAUACUCCAUAAGGUUUGAACUCAACUGUGUCACUCCGAAAUACUUGCUUGUGUUGAAAAACUGUAACCCAAACCAAAUAUGCCCUUAGUGUCCAAAGAGGAUUGCUUCAUUCUCAUGGGAUAUUCUGAGAUGACUGGCUUAUCGAUCAUUAUUUGAGUUCCAUUUGGCUGCAUUCAUCUGCAGAAUAUAUGGGAUCUGUCUGCUUGGAAAUCAGAAGGACCUUGACAUAUAACAUUGGGGCUACAUGCAAUAUUUCGUCGAAUGCCUUAAUCACAUAUUGAGUUUAUUUUUCUGUGUGUUAUUGUACAUGUGCCUGUGUGAAUGUGACCCCUUUCCAUUACUUCCUUUGCUUAACACUUUUUUUUGGCACACUACUGACUGAUGGAAACUUGCAGUAAGAUUUAAAGUGCCACUGACUGUUUAAAAGUUUAAUUUAAAAUGUGUGUAUGGUUGCUUUCAACGUUCUGUACUGCUGUGUCUUUUAAAGACUCCAAAGCUGCAGUAUAGAAAAUUAGACUUUUGGUUAAGUGCUUCCAAUCAAAUCAUAGGUAAUUUAUUAAACGAUAGAUUGCCAUUAAGCAGAAAUGUCUAAUGAAACUUCAGUAAGAAUCAAUAAAUUAUCAACCAUAAAAAUAACAUGAAAAUGUUAAAGGUAUAUAAAAAACACUGAUAUUGGAAGUUUGCAAUGCAAUAUGUAGACUAGAUUUGCAUUUCCAGAACAAAAUGCUUGUGCUUUCAAGGAAGCAAGAGAACUGUGGUAAAAUUUUGGGUAAAUUUAGCUUUUGAGCUUUGAUUUGGUGUAUGAAGCUACAUUAUCAGCGCCAUCAUGCAUCUUCUUUUGACAGUGUUGGAGAACCAACCCAUAAAAUAAGAUUGUCUUUGAGGUGUAAAGCCAUUUUUGACAUGAAAGCUUAGCGUAUGUGUACAGCUGAACCAUAUUCCAUUCAUUAAUGUGCGUAAAUACAAGUGAUUGACACAUGCACACUAGUAAGUUUCACUAGUGAGUUUCUAAACAUGAUGAAUGAGCAUCAAAUACCACUCCGAAGCGCACAUGCUCUCAAUUGGCCAAGACUGCAAGUGUGGGUAUUGGGAGAGACCCAAGGUUAGAAAAAUCUGACUGCAUGCAUACAGUAUGCGCAUACUAUGCUGAUGAAAUUUAUGACGUGUGCACUGUACACAUACCCUAGUGUAUAUAUAAAAACGAAAGUAUAUGUUAAGCUUAAUAAUUUAGCCAUAUUUAAUUUGACACAAAUCAAAAAGAUGCAGUGGGGCAUAAAAAUACAGUCUGUUCAGUGGGUUGUACCUGACUAUCAAUCAUUCAACUGUCAAAACAGAGAAAAUAUUCCAAAACAUAUUCAAAACAAUUAAAAUUAAAUAAAUAAAUACAUUGACAAAAAAUUUGGUUCUGAGUUUAAAUUAUUUUAUAUCACUGGUAAACCAAGUACACCAAGUACAAUAUGUUCCUUGACCCUGGAAAAAAUAAAAAAUGUUCCAAUCAACCAAUCAGAAUUGAGGGAUAAGUUUCAGGAACUGUCAGUUUUAGGCUUACACCCAGGGUUAGGUGCUUGUACACCCUUGUUAUUCAGCUUUCAUUUGCCUCUAAUUUUAGGAAUAAAUUAUGGUUAGGGUUAGGUUUAAGGGAAGUGAUGGGGUUAGGUCUAUGUUUUUGGACAGUAAUGUUGAUCCAGGAUCAACAAAAGAUGUUGAUCCAGGCACAUGUCUUACUUGGCGACACAUUUUCUCUAUAGUUGAUAACUGAGAUGCAAGAUGGCACCAGUUGUGUUUGUAUGAAAUGAGAAUGGGUGUCCGCAGUGUGAUACGAGAGACAUGAAAGUAGUGCCAUUUUCAGUUACCAUGAUGAUUGGUCUGAUAUACAGCAUUGCCGUAAAUGGUGAAUAUAAGGAAAUAUAGGAUGCUUAAUGCCAUGAUUUAACAGUCAGAAAAGAAGAACAAAAAGAGACGUUUUAUCAUAGUGCCGCCUUGCAAACACCCAGUGUUUACCUGAUAAAGUCCAAUAUUGAGGGUCAUAAAAAUAUAAAACAAUAGCAUUUGUUGCACAGCUAAAGGGAACUAUAUUGAGCUAUAUUGCAUACUGCAAUCAGAGAAAUAGCUUUACUGCUUAUUUCUGUUGAAAAAAUGCUUUCCAUGUAAAAAAUUUUGUUAGCAUCACUAAACAAAUCAAAUGUUUCCAUCUAGUGUUUCUUGGAAGUGGAGUGAUGUAUAUUGUCAUAUGCCUUGUUUUAUCUUUCGUUUUAUGAACUGAUCUAUGAUGGACUAUGGUGUUUCUCGCCAUGCCAUCAGCAUCAGCCUUCCAGUUGCACAAUCAUGAGAUGUGCACAUGAAUUUCCAUGCGUGAACUGUUGUUUUCAUUAUUAACAGAAGAUUAUUUCAAGAAUAUGCCCCAUUCUACCUUUGAGUAUUGGAUGUGUAUCUGAACAUGCUGUAUAUAUAUCUCAUGUAGUGUCUUUAUUACAGAUAUGAGAGGCAAAUUAUGGAGUACAUCAAUAAUAAGAUAAUAUCAGAUGUGGCGUGUGAAUAUACUUGUGAACUCUAAUGGAGAAGUUAACAAAAUGUACCAGGCAACCAUAAGACAUUAACAUGUAAUUUAUCACUGGGAUUCAUGAAAGGUUGUUUGGAUGAUAUAAUAAAACAGUUAUAUAUUAAAUAAUUUUGCUGACUCAUUCAAA